UUCUCCAAUGGCGAUCUCCGGCGGCUCCGGUCUCCUCCUCAUGCUCUUCAUCUCCGCCAUAUCCGUCAUCAUCUCCGCCGCAGAACCGCCGUCGCUAAACCCCGACGGCCACCAACAAAUGGAUCGAAUCAUAGAAGCGAUGAUCGGCACCGGCGAUUUCCGCGACUGGGCCGGCGACUUUCUCUCCGCCGUCAACGACCAAUUCGGCAUCCCUCUCUCCGCUACUCUCUUCAUCCCCGACUCCUUCGACGCCGCCUCCGUCACCGUCGCCGGCGGAGCAGCAGAUGGCCGUCUCACGUUGGCUUACCACGUCGUCCCGCGGCGGCUCGCCUUCUCCGACCUCCUCCUCAUGAAGCCUCUCACGCGCCUCCCUACGCUUCUCCCCGAAACCUCCAUCGUCGUCACCAACAAUUCCGCUUCCGGUUUCGCCAUUGACGGCGUUCGAGUAUCCUCUCCUGAUCUCUUCCUCUCCUCCUCCAUCGCCAUCCAUGGGGUCGCUUCGCCGCUCGAUCUCUCCCUACCCGCCGGCGGCAGAGACGGUACUUUCGGCGGAAGUCUUCUUCCUCGGACUCGUAAAGACCACGCAAACUCCGGUUCUGCAUGUUUCCCGGUCUGGUUCUUGUUUCCGGUGGUCAUGGCGGUUGUCUCUGCCGUUAAGAUUCGGUUGUAGGGUACCAGUCCUUUCCUUUUCUUGCUUCUCAAGAAACCCAAGAGUUCGUUUUUUAGAACAUCACGUAAAAAAAAACAAUCUGAAACAGAAAAUUUCCCAGAUUCAUUUCCUUUUUCCUUAGUUUCUAGGGUUACA